AAACUCUACACGAGCAAUGGCUCAUCAGCCACCCACUUAUCCCAUCUUCUCAAAAGUCCAAGGUUUGCUACCAGAAUUACUCGAGACGGGAAGUUUGGCCUCUGGGUUGUGCUUUAGAACCAGCGUGCAGAACGGGAGCAAGGUGAUUGCCGGAAAAACAUUUGAUAAUUCAGGAGAGGGCAUGAAGGGAAAGGGCCAGUUAUUAUUGGCACAGGGCAAGUUUCAGCAAGUGUUAAUGAAGAGACUGGCUGCGUUGGGCGAGAAAGCAGACGUUCGGCUUGGAUUGAGCGUUACUGAACUGCGGCCGUCCCCGACCAGUGUCGAUGUCAAGACGACACCUACGCCUUCGUCGUCGCGCUUCGGAAUCGAAUGGAUAGAAGCAGCCUAUCUCAUCGACGCAUCUGGCGCGCACUCCACCAUCCGAAAGCAGCUUGACAUCAAACUCGAGGGCGAAACCCUUGCCGCCCAACUCGUAGCCACGGAUCUCUACUUCGACUUCCACGCCCAUGGCUUCCACGACGCGAACUUCAUCAUUGAUCCCCAGAACUACGGCCUCAUUGCCCGCAUCAACCACGCGACAGAAUCCAAGCCCGCCCUGUGGCGUGUCUCGUAUGGCGUGCCUCUCAGCGCAACGGAAGAGGACAUCAAAAAGGAAGUUGACGUAAAACUCUGCGGCAUGCUCCCCAACAAAGGCAGAAAUGCAAACGGAGACAUUGCCUAUGAAGUCACCCAAAUCGCACCAUAUAAAGCACAGCAACGGCUGGCCCAGACCCUGUACCACGUCUCGUCGCACGCAUGUCUCAUCGGCGACGCCGCACACCUCACGAACCCGUACGCAGGCCUCGGUCUCGCCUCGGGCAUGGCGGACGCGGCGUCCCUCGCGCAAGUGCUUGUCCACAUCCUAACGGGCAGUGCGCUAAACGGUGAGAAGCUGCUGAAAGCGUGGUCCGAGGCGCGCCGCCAGCACUUCCUAGCCGUCAUCGACAAGCCAUCUCGUAUGGCGUACCAGCGCGUCAAGACGGACGUGAGCACUGAGGAAAAGAUACUCGAGCUCAUGACAAAAGACCCGCUUGUGGCGGCGCUCAAAAGCGGUAUGCCGGUUCAGCCCCCGAGUCUGGAGACCAGCGUCGAGGACUUGGAGGGUUGGUAGUGGUGAUGUGCUUGGCAUGUUGAGAGAGAUACAUGUGAUAUUGUUGCUGUGAUGGCAGAGUGUACAUACAAAUAUACACAUUUC